UUUCAACCUGUGUGCCGCGGCACACUGGUGUGCCGCAAACUAAUGUUAGGUGUGCCGCCUCACCGCCUCACCUCUGGAGUCGGCUUUGCUGCGCGCAUGCGAAGGCCGAAGUGCGCGGACCUGACGUGACGUCAUGUGACCUGCGCGUGCCUGGGCUGGUCAGGGAAGUCGCUGGCUGCACUGCGCGCAGCUUCGAUGUGUGACUGUGCAUAGCAGAGCCUGGCAGAAGCUGGUAGGUUAUUCAAUUGAAACUUGCUACCAUCUGUUUAAGCAGGAGCCAGAACCCAGAGGGAGGUACAAUGUACUUAUCUGCUGGUUAUAAGACUUAUAACAGAAGAUAAUCUGGGAUGAGUAAACAACAAUCAAACAUUUGUUUCUGCAUCCAUUCCCACAUGAUAGUCUCGUUAGACCCAUGCAUCGGCAUCACUAGAUCCCCUCUACCCAGCAUGCCCAGGGACACUGCAGUCUGGGGUCUCCAAUGCUGCCAGUUUUAAUGUCUUUGGGGAUGCUAUUAGUAUUAGUCUGCACACUAUUAGUCUGCACACAUCCCUGCCUCUGUGUCUGGGCUACUCACUGGGCUACUUCCAAUUUCUUUGUAAAACAUUUGAUUUAUUAUUUUUUUUUAUUGAUUAUUUUAUUUAUUUAGUACUUACACCUUACUUAAAAUUUAGAAAGAAGGAAAAUGUACAUGGCACACCAUGGGAGGCAGAUUAUCUCCUGCUGUAUACAGGAGAAACAUAAACAUGAUUAAAAUGUGCCUAAUGUUUCCCCCCUGCAGAACUGUGUUUGAAAACUCAUUGUAAAAAUUAUCCAAUUUGUGAACGACAGUGAAAGUGAUGGAUAAGUUUUUGAAGAGGAAAAAUGCUGACUCUGAACUGGACCCAGAUGAAGGCCCUAGUAUGAGUGGAGGUCAAAAGAAAGCAAAGACGGUGACGUCAAGCAAAGUUUCUGGCACGAGGCAAUACAACGAAAGCUAUCUUUCAUUUGGAUUUACUUUUACAGGAGAUGCAACGACACCGAUUCCGUUGUGCUUGGUAUGUGGUGAAAAGCUCUCCAACAGUGCUAUGGUCCCAAGUAAACUUAAACGCCAUCUCCAAACUAAACACCCUUCACUUCAAAACAAAAAUGUGGAGUAUUUUGAUCGCCUGCGUGAACACACGGAGAAACAGGCAACUUUCAUGAGAAAAACCGCAAAGGUAAAUGAGAGAGCCCUUAAAGCUAGCUACCACGUCGCUGAACUUGUGGCUAAAUCAAAAAAGGCCCACACUGUGGCAGAGCAAUUAAUACUUCCUGCCUGCAAAGCCAUUGUAAAUGAGAUGCUCGGACCCGAAGCGGCUAAAGAAAUAGCCAAAAUCCCUCUCUCAGAUAACACGAUUUCCAGACGUAUUGAUGAGAUGUCUGCAGACAUCGAAAGUUUGGUUUUGGACAAGAUCCGUAUCAGUAAUAAAUUUGCGUUGCAACUUGAUGAGUCUACUGAUAUAAGUGGACAUGCUCAACUCUUGGCCAAUGUGCGUUUUGUGGAUGGAGACGCAAUCAGAGAAAACUUUCUAUUUUGCAAGGUUUUGCCAGAAAAAACAACAGGAGAGGAAAUUUUUCGGGUCACAUCAGAAUAUCUGGAAAAAGGAGGACUUAAGUGGGAAAACUGCACGAGUGUCUGCACUGAUGGAGCUGCAGCCAUGGUCGGGCGCACCAAAGGCUUUGUAAGCAGAGUGAAGGAAAAAAAUCCAGAUGUGAUCAUUACGCACUGUUUUUUACACCGCGAAGCCCUCGUAGCCAAGACUUUACCAGCAGACCUCGUUCCUGUGUUGGAUAAUGCUGUGCGCAUGGUAAACUUUGUGAAGUCACGACCUCUGAAAAGUCGCAUAUUUGCGGCUUUGUGUGAGGAAAUGGGAGCGGAGCAUAAAGCCUUGCUGUUUCAUACGGAGGUCCGAUGGUUGUCGCGCGGCAAGGUGCUGGCCCGUGUGUAUGAGCUGCGAGAGGAACUUAAAGUGUUUCUGACAAAUGAGGGGCCCGAUUACGCAAAGCUGCUUGCAAGUGAUGAGUGGUGUGCAAGGCUGGCAUACCUGGCAGAUAUUUUUCAUCAUCUGAAUGAGCUGAACACACGAAUACAAGGCCGAAAUGAAAACCUGCUUACAAGUACAGAUAAAAUAAAUGGAUUCCGUUCAAAGGUGCAACUCUGGCAGCAACAUGUGGAAAGUGGCAAUCUUGAAAUGUUCCCACUCACCGAUAAAUGGAAAGAUGUUAAUACUGCUGUACUGUGUGAGCUAAUAGCUAAACAUUUGAAAACUCUUCAGGAGAAGAUGUCAUUUUAUUUCUCUUCAGCCUCCACGGAGUGCCUUGACUGGGUUAGGGACCCAUUCAGCUCAGCAUCAGCUGUUGGAAAGGACAUGACUUUACAGGAGCAGGAGGAACUAACUGAACUGAGACAAGAUCGUGGUCUCAAGCUAAACUUUGCUGAUCUACCUUUGGACAGUUUUUGGUUGGCAGCUGUCAAGGAGUUCCCCAUGCUGGCCAACAAAGCUAUUUUGACAUUGCUCCCAUUUUCCACAACAUAUCUGUGUGAGGUGAGCUUUUCAAGCCUGACUGCUGUAAAAUCUAAAAACAGAGAAAGACUGAGAGCUGUGGAGGAAGAUCUUCGUGUGUGUCUUUCAUCGAUUCCUGCCAGGAUAUCAGCUCUGUGUUCAUCCAAACAGGCCCAGGGUUCACACUGAGUGAGUAUAAAUAUCAAAGAUUAUAAAAUACUUUUUUCUUUGUGUUUAUUUGAUUCCUAUUAAGGAUGUUAUAAAUAUAACCGUCAUUCUUCAAUGUUUAAAAAAAAGCUUAUAUUAACAAUAGCACUUAUAUUGUUAAUAUAAGCUUUUUUUUCACAUUUUCAGCUGGUGGUGUGCCGCGGGAUUUUUUCAAUGAAAGAAAUGUGCCUUGGCUCAAAAAAGGUUGAAAAAC